GGGGUCGCGACUCAACAAUUCUCCUUUGUAAGACACUGGUAGGAGUCGGCCACUGAACGUAUAAUAUGUGGUAUAUGUCGUGCGAUAUGUACAAUACUUACACAAUUCCAUACCUGUCUUUCCCUCCACAAGGAUUCAAACAGGUAGGUAAGUACCUAAUUACAAGCGUCUUAACCCCUGGCUUUAUUUACCGCUUUACCGCUUCACCGUACCCCACGAACUUCGAAUCUCUCUACCUUAGGUAGUCUAAGAACGUUCCUAGCAACAAACAACAUUUAAUUACAAUAUCAAUGUUCAUAUUACCAACGCUCCUGCAUUGUAAUAUUCUAUAGUCAUGGAAACCAUGGAUAUGGAUUCCAUAGACACCUCGUCGCUCUCAUCUGCCCCUCCGUCUUCCCCUCCACAGCUUCCCCAAGACCAUCCGUUAUAUGAUAAAAGCACAGCUGCACCGCCUCUUACAUCCGAGUUAUCUGAGCUAUCCGAGCUAUCCGACCUUCCCGAUGCCACGCCGAAUGUUUCCGACUCCGAAGAAGAGGAAGAAUCCGAUACCGACCCUACACAGCCCUGUGAUGCGAUGUCAGCGAAGAUCGCGGCUGAUACGCAAAGCUUUUGGCGGAGAAAGCGGAGACGUGGCCACACCUUCGAACGCUUUAUGGAAGGGUGGCUUUUAGGGAGGUCAGCAGAUAAUAAGCUCUCAGGGAGAAGGUUACAUCAAAUGGUUCGAGUACUUAAAACCCCAAAGGUCCGAGAGCGCUUAGGGAAAGCUGGUAUCCGAGUACAAUUCGCAGGUGAAGAAGAAGAUAAAGAAGAGGCGAAAGAUAUUGUUCCUGACCUCCGCAAAGAGCUUUCUGCUUUGGUACUUCAACCCGCCUUUAGUAAAUUCGAGCCCAAGUCAUUCAAUAAGCCUGGUGACACGCCCUGUGCCGUCAAAGAUGUCUACAAUGAAGACCGGAUUAAUAGCGCUAUCCAGUCCUCUCGGACCGAAAUACAAGUCACGGCACCUAAGCUCCAUGCUUUUUUAACAGCUAUACUCGCCAACAAACGAGCUGGCCAGAAGUCGUAUAGGGAGGCCAAAAUCGACACUGCUAUCUCAAAUGAAGCUAGGGCAUAUUUGAUUGUUACGUUGUUCUUGGGCGCCUACGCACCCCGACGGUCUGAUUUCUUACCUUUAUCUAUGGGCAUAUAUCUUUACAGCCAUAAGACACCGAUCCGAGUGAUAGAUACGUUGGCUCGGUUCGGUAUUUGCACUAGGUAUAAGGCUACUAUGAAGCGGCUAGGUCAGAAGCCAGAGGCCUCUGGUGACGCUGACAAUGUGUCUGCCGCUGGCUCCGGCGCCGAGGAGCGCCAACCCGUCGAGCUCUAGUAGUGGUCGUACCUCCUUCAUAAUAUUUCGGUUGUUAGGAUUAUAGACGGGAGAUUUAUAAGAAGGGGAGCCCUCAGUACGUGUAGUAACUGGCCCGUCACUGUAUUUACUAUGGUAGACAUUCCCAUAAGGGAAACUCUCGAUAGAUGGGUCUACAGUAGAUUCUCGUCAAAGGACGGUAAACUCUGGCUUGUAGAUUGGGACGUGGAGCUUGCGUCUAUUUGUCUUAAGCAGAAUAGCGAUCUUAAUCAUGGCUAAAACAUAUGAUAGGAAAAUAACUUCAUAGUCAUGCAAGAAACUAUCAAUCUGUAUCCUCCUACAUUGUAUUGACUUACCCGACGGCGCAUAGGCGCUCGUAAUAAUGUUCC